CCGAAAGUGGCCGUUUACUGGAGGCGGUUACUGUGGUAUCGGGGGUAGUUUGAGUUUGUGACCUCGAGGCCUCAGAAACAGGCCUCUAGCUGGCCCGGGACUCCCCGCCAUUCAGCGCUUCCCCCCAUAACCGGAUACCGAUUAUUUGGACUCUGCCUCAGACCCAGGAGUCACAGAUGCCGGGAAGUGUGGCCCCCCUCAAGAAGCCUGGAAAUACCACAAGGUUGCCCCUGGCUUUAGACCCCCUGAAGAGCAAGGACGUGCUCGCAGUGCUGGCUGAGAGGAACCAGGCUAUAGUACCAGUUGGGGCGUGGGUGGAACCUGCCUCACCACAUAGUUCGGAAAUCCCAGCAUAUACUUCAGCAUAUAUGAUUGAAGAAGAACUAAAGGAACAGCUAAGAAAAAAACAAGAAGCUUUGAAGCAUUUUCAGAGACAAGUCAAACGCCGAGUAAAUCAACAAAUUAGGCUGAGAAAAAAGCAACAGCUGCAGAAGUCUUACGAAGCAGCAGAAAAAGAAAGCUCUAUAGCCAUGCAGUCUUCAGAUCCAGCACACUUAACUCCUAAAAGAACAAGCAUUUUUCCAAACAAUUUGAAUGCUGCUAUUGGAAGUGCUAGGUUACCCCCGUCUGAGAUACUUGGGGAUGGAAUAGAGGACAGAGAGAAUCAGAAUGAAUUAUUCCAACAACAAGCCCAGGCUCUUAGUCAAACCACGAAGCAGGCACGUCACCAGUUGGCAUCCUUUAAAAUUGUGAGUAAAAAAAAUGCAUCAGUGUUUCCAGAUGGUAAAAGGAAAAGCUUUCCCAUGCAAGAGGAACCUGACUCUGAGGAAUCUUCAUCUAUUAUGAUAGACGAGAAAGGGAGAGAGAAUUUGUUUUGGGGAGACCAGCAGGAUCUCCUUUAUGAAGACAAGGACAAACCUUUCAUCAGAGUUCAGAAAGUACAAUUCAAAAAUCCAUUAUUUGCUGUGGUGGAAGAGGAAGAGCUAAAGCAGUUGCAUCUUCGGGGCAUUCAGGAUAUUCUGCCAGAAACCCAGGAUUAUCUUCCAGAAGCCCAAGGUGAUCUGCUGGAAACCCAGGGUGAUUUGACUGGAACCCAGAAUAUUGAGCUGGAAGCCCAGAGUAUUGAGCCAGAUACCCAGUCUAUUGAGUUGGAAGCCCAAGCCAUUGAGCCCAAAGCCCAGGCCACUGAGCCUGAAGCCCAGGUUGUUAAGACAGAAACUCAGAGUAUUAUGCUGGAAGCCCAGAGUAUUGAACCAGAAGAUCGGAGUAUUGCAUUGGAAGUCCAGGAUUUUCAACCCCGAAAUCGGGCUUUUCUCCCCAAAGACCAGAAUAUUCUACCCACAUGUCAGGACCAGGCUUUUCUACCCAAAGACCAACAUGUUCUCCCCAAAGACCAGAAUAUUCAACCCAAAUGUCAGGACCAAGAUUUUCUACCCAAAGACCAGGGUUUUCUAUCCAGAGAUCAGAAAGCAAAUUUGAAGCAGCCAGCAUCAAUUUUGAUAGGUAGGAGAGGGAGAGAGGCGUUUCCUCUGGAUGUCCAUCAGGAUCUUCUACACAGGCAUCAAGAUCAGGCCUCCAUCAGGGGCAAGAAAGUACGCUUCAAGGAGCCAUAUUCUGAUAUGACAAAUGAGAAAGGGAGAGAAGACUUUUCUCUGGCAGGUUAUCAGUAUCUGCCUCCUAAACUCCAGGACCAGGCCUUCAUCAGAGAUCAGAACACGUUUCCUAAGCAACCAUCAUCUUUUAUGAGAGAAGACGGAGUGAGAGAUGAAUUGCCUCUGGAGCAUCAUCAGUAUGUUAAACCUAAAAUCCAGGACCAAGCCUCCUCUAGAGAACAGGUAGAGCAGAAUACAAACAAGUUUAUCAAGCAACCCUCAUCUUUUGAGAAAUGGGAGAUUGAAAGAGGAAUUGCUUCUGGAGUGCCAUUGAGCUUAUACUUCAGGCAGCAGCCAUCUGUUGGAACAGCUGAAAGAUGGCGAGAGGAUUUGCUUCUGGAUGGCCAUGAGCAUCUUCCACCCAAGCACCAGAGAGAGGCUUCUAGCAGAAGACAGGUUUAUGAUGAAUAUCAAUCAGGAUUGAACACUGAAUUCCAAACUCCACUGGCACUUCAGUCUGGAGUAGAUCAAGAAGAAGACAAGAAAGAGCGUCAAAAGCAAUACCUGAGACAUAGACGACUUUUCAUGGAUAUUGAAAGAGAACAAGUAAAAGAACAACAAAGGCAAAAAGAAUAUAAGAAGAAAAUUGAAAAGUAAGUUCUUUGUUCCUUGUUGUGAGCCUUAA